AUGAAUAGAACUGCUAAAAUGAUACGUGUUUUGAUAAUUCUGUCAAUAUGUACGGUUGGUUAUGGAUUAUCUUCAGAGAUCGGAACUCUGUCAAUGUGGACUGCAACACAGUGCGACAAACUUCGUCAUGAUCUACUUUUGAAUUAUGAUAAGUUUUCUAGACCAACACAUCAUUCAAACACGACGAAACUUCGUUUUGGAAUUACCAUUACUCAUGUUGAAUUACAAGAAUUUAAAUCUACUUUAGCAGUACAUGGAUGGAUAAAAAUGGUGUGGAAUGAUGACAAGCUAAGAUGGAACGCUUCAAACUAUGGAAAUCUUUCAGUGUUACGGUUAGCAGAACAUGAAUUUUGGCAACCCGACAUUUACUUAUAUAAUAGUGCAUUGAGCGCCUCAGUUAACCAAUACGGCAAUACUCACAGUUUAGUAUAUCCAAAUGGGGAAGUAUUAUGGGUACCCCCAGUCCAAUUAAAUGUUCUUUGUCAGUUACAUCUAAAAUAUUGGCCGUUUGAUACGCAAGAAUGUUCUUUAAUGUUUGGAUCAUGGACUCACCAUGGUGAACAAAUAGAUAUUCAAAAUUAUAAUGGUAAAGAUAAUAACUCAGUUAUUGUCGAGCUUAGUAUGAUUCUUGACAGAGAAUGGAAAAUUUUAGAAGCUAUACAGAAUGUCGACAAAAAAGAAUAUGAGUGUUGCCCCGGCGAAAUAUAUCCUUAUGUAAACGUUAAAUUAACUAUAUCAAGAGUAUCUGCUGCCUAUAAAACUAUGUUAGUGACGCCUGCAUUAUUGGUAAUUCUUUUAACUUUAUGGAGCUUCUGGUUACCGCCUCAGGCUAGUGAAAAGGUAAUCUUAAAUGGCUGUACAGCGGUUAUAGUAUCCCUAUUUCUACUAUAUUUUACACAACAGAUUCCAAUUAUCGGAGAUGAACUACCGCAAAUAGUUCAAUUUUAUGUGCACUUCCUGUUUAUAAGUGGAUAUUCUAUGAUUGAAUCAGCUCUAGUGAUCAGUCUCUCGCGAGUAAAUCAAGCAAAACCUCUACCUUGGGUCAUUAAAAAGCCGCUGACGGGAUUAUUUGGUCAUUUACUGGGAUUAGGCGAAUAUAUCAAACAGACCACUAGUCCCCAUAAGAAUGUAGAAGUUACAGAUCAUGGAAACCACGACUUCGUUCACUUAUGUAAUGGGGAAGACAGUUAUGUGACUAAAUCAGCCUCUAAUAUAUCAUAUAAACAAGACUGGAUUUUGCUGGCUGCUGCGAUAGAUCGAAUAUUUUUUAUAUCCUUUUCGAUGUUUUUUAUAAUUGGAUAUUUUUGUUUAAGUAAAUAG